GCGGCACUUUAUUAUUUUUUUUUCGUUCCCCGUGAGCAGGGCUCGCGCGCAGGAGCAGGACAGAGCGGGAGUGUGUGUGAGUGAGAGAGAGAAAGAGAGAGAGCGAGCGCGAGCGGCGCUUCAGCUGAGAGACUUUACCGCUCCGCCGGGUGACCGCGGACACUCCGAUACCGCCGGAUUAUACACUCCUACAUCUCCUCCUCCGCCUGGCUUUUAAACUUGUUUCUUGUUUCUCUCCGGGUUUGGAGCAGGAGUGGCCUGCGACUCUCUCUAACACACACACACACACACACUGUUACACUCACACACCGAGCGGAUCUCGUUUCAUUUCCCUCUGAGGAGAAAAACCCAACCGAACUGUCCGCGCGCGCACCGCUUUUCCCGCCUCUUCCACUGUUUCUGGUAUUUUCUAUUUCUUCUGUGUGAGAGAGAGAGAGAGAGAGAGGGAUUUCUGAGGUGAGGAAGAAAUAAAAUAAAAGUGUGUGUGAGAGAGGAGACAGACACUCACACACACACACACACACACGGGGGAGAGAGAGAGAGAGAGGAUGGAGGAGCAGCCGCGCUUGAUGCACCCUCACACCGGGGUGGGCUUGGCCGCUCACCCGGGCCUGACGCACCGAGCCCCGGACAUCACCGCGGGGAGCGACGGCGACUCCAGGAAGCAGGACAUCGGGGACAUCCUCCAGCAGAUCAUGACCAUAACGGACCAGAGUCUGGACGAAGCGCAGGCCAGGAAACACGCUCUGAACUGUCACCGCAUGAAGCCAGCGCUCUUCAACGUGCUGUGUGAAAUUAAAGAGAAAACAGUGUUGAGUAUUCGCGGCGCGCAGGACGAGGAGCCUCCUGAUCCACAGCUCAUGCGAUUGGACAACAUGCUGUUAGCAGAAGGCGUGUCCGGCCCUGAAAAGGGGGGCGGGGCUUCAGCAGUCGCAGCAGCCGCCGCCGCGGCAGUGGGCGGAACCGGAAACGACAACUCGGUGGAGCAUUCGGACUACAGAGCGAAACUGACACAGAUACGACAGAUCUACCACACGGAGCUGGAGAAAUACGAACAGGCAUGUAACGAGUUUACCACGCACGUGAUGAACCUAUUGAGAGAACAGUCUCGCACUCGUCCCAUUUCACCCAAAGAGAUCGAGCGCAUGGUCGGCAUCAUCCACCGCAAGUUCAGCUCCAUACAGAUGCAGCUCAAACAGAGCACGUGCGAAGCCGUCAUGAUCCUGCGCUCACGCUUCCUUGACGCCAGACGGAAGAGGCGGAACUUCAACAAGCAGGCCACAGAGAUCCUGAACGAGUACUUUUACUCACACCUCAGUAACCCGUAUCCCAGCGAGGAGGCGAAAGAGGAACUGGCCAAGAAGUGUUCCAUCACCGUCUCCCAGGUGUCAAACUGGUUCGGGAACAAACGGAUCAGAUACAAGAAAAACAUCGGGAAAUUCCAGGAGGAAGCGAACAUGUACGCCGCCAGAACAGCCGUUAACGCGGCCAGCGCUUCUGCUCAGGGCAGCCAGGCGAACUCGCCCUCCACGCCCAACUCGGCCGGUUCUGCUGCGUCUUUUAACAUGUCUCACUCCGGCGAUUUGUUCAUGAGCGUUCAGUCUCUGAAUGGGGACUCGUACCCGGCGCCGCAGGUGGGCGCUAACAUACAGUCACAGGUGGAUACACUUCGCCAUGUUAUCAGUCAGGCAGGAGGAUACACUGACGCUCUCGCUGCAACUCAGCUCUACAGUCCACAGGGCAUCAACGCGAACGGAGUUUGGCAGGAUGCACCGACUCCAUCGUCUGUAACUUCACCUACAGAAGGACCAGGAAGUGUUCAGUCUGACACGUCUAACUAAAAUUACACACACACACACACGAAAACACACAACAACAAUACACUACACUCUACACACCAUCACACCAUCUCUCUCUCUUUCUCUCUCUCUUUCUCUCUCUCUCUCUCUUUCUACUGCUGAACAUUUGGAAUAAAAACAGAAGGAAAAAAAAGAAGAAAGAAAAAAAAACAGUACUGAUGUUUUUCACUCGUCUUUGAGACUCGCGUUGGAUCCGUAGUGAGCGAACUCAUCGUCAUCACCACCGACCGACCCUUAUUAUUCUUCAACGUCUCUUAAUUCUUUAUUCUACCUCUGAGAGAGAAAAAAAAAAACAGUUAUUAUGAAAUGAAAAAGAGCAAUCUUAGGUUUCUAAAAGAAACUUUUUUGUUUUUUCCCCAAUUGUGUCUAAGUGCGAAUAGAUUUUCUUUAUCGGUUCGUUGCGUCGUUCUGUUUCGCUUUUCAUAUCGCUUGCUUAAGAAAAUAAAUAAAUAAAAAAUCUGAAUUGUUUUCCAUGUCAAAGGAUAAAUGUGAAGUAACAGAUCUUUUUUCUUUUUUUUUAUACACAAUCACACACACACACACACGAGUGACGUUAUUUAUAUAUUCUGUCUACACGUUUACUUCAUGUCCCCAAGAAAAUGAUCAAAUUAAGGUCUUUUUAAAAAUUCUUUAUUUUAAUUAGUUUGUCAUCAUGCUUUAACACGUCAGCACUGGUUGGUCAGCGACGUCGCCAUCUGUGUGUUUAUUUGCCGCCACGUGACUUAAAGUAUUUGAGUCUGCUGUUUUAUGCCGCGACCAACAACAACAACAUUAUUUUAGAAUAAAUACUCGCGGUCAAUCUGGAGAAAACUUUUUUAUUUCCCUUUUUUUUGUCUUGCGUUGCAGCAAACGCAAUCAGCGUUAAGGACUUGGGCAAAAUUUAUCUGCUUGGGUAAAUAAAAUAGCGCUUAUAAAAUCCUACAUAAGAAAUAAUAACGCUGAGUGUUGCUAUGGUAACGGAGUAAAGUUCAAGAUCAGGUUUCUUAGUCGAACAGAAAUGAACAUGAACAAGACUCGUGCUUCGUGAGUUAGCCUGCUUCGUAAAAACAAUUCUGAUGUAAAGUUGCGGGAAAGGUCAACUCGCCCAACGUACGAAGAAGGAGAACCAGGAUCUGAAGUUCUGAACACAACCGUCACAUGACACGCGACGUAACUAUCGUCUUCUGUCCUGGUUUAUCCGGUGCAGGCGGUUCCUCUGUGACUGGACAACGUUACGUUCUUUAAUUAUAAAUCUAUUCUAAAAGUCACUUCAACAGAUCCAGACGAGGCCCACGAGCUUCACCAAGAACGUAAUGUAAGAGAAUAAGCAGAUCAGAAUAAAUGUUGAAAAACAUCGAUGUAGCGCUCGCACGUGAUCCCGAACACCGCCUGAGCAGCUGCGUCUCCGCGGACAGGAAAAAUAAACUGAAACAUCUGGAUUUCAUUGGAAAGUGUCUGCGUGAAACCCUGAGGCUCAUCAUCCUCAUCCUCACUGCAGAUCUUCAUCUCAACUCGUCAGAGAGUUCGAUUUCUCUUAGUUUUGUUAUAUUCUGUUCAUCGACAUCAAUGUUUAUCAUGACAAACACACAAACACCCACACCACGCCUCUUUUGUUUUUCUCCUAAAAUCUUUUUUGUUUGUUUGUUUGUUUGGGUUUAGGAUGCCGUGCAGCCAGCUGUAAUCUUUAUGUCAACUCGAGGCAGAAACAUUACAUCAUUAUCCUGUGUGUGUGUGUGUGUGUGGUUUUUCCCUUUCUUUGUUUUUACUUUAAACGUUAAACUGAUUUUAACCGAAUAACACAAAUUCUCUUCAUACACACACACACACACUCGUUUGAGUUUUUACAAUUUUUUAUUUUGUACAAAAUUGCUAAUCUAAGUAUAUAAUGUAAAAACAUUUAAUAAAAAAAAAUACUUUUAUUAAAUCUUAUUUUGUUUCCACAAACAUGAACACACACUUCUGUGUUCUAGAGCCGUUUAAUAUCAGCGAUCUUAUCGACUUCUCCUCUAACAUUACAUUUAUUUUAGUAUUUUUACCAGGAUUUUAUUGUUUGUUUGUUUUGGUAAAACAAAAACAACUGAUCCGCCGUAACAUUAACAGUUGGAAGCGAAAGUUACCAGAACACCCAGUGCACCACCGCGCCUGAGGCCCCUGAACCACUCCCAAACGCCCAGAACCCAAAGCAUCCACUACAAACGUCCUGGUGCCAGACACCACAGGCCCUGCUGAGCCACGCCCCCGGGGGGGCCGGAGCCACCCCUGCGACAGUGGUUUUAAUGCAAAUGUAUUUUAAUGUUACGGCUGAUCGGUGUUUGUUUACAGUUUAUUCUAUUAGCUGUUAUUAGUGCUAUGUUUAAAGUGACGUCCAUAAGAAUGAGUUCACGUCGUUAAACACGUCUGCGAUGUCCCUGAACCAAAUUCGCCGCCUUUAAACUCUCAGUGUACAUUGCUCUCACAUCCUUGUGUUUGUUAUCCGCGUCUCUCUCUCUUAUGUAGUGUUAAUGUACACUGUAAAGCUUAAUAAGUGUGUGUGUGUGUGUGUGUGUGUGUGAGAUCGUAUCCUGACUCACCCUCAGCUAAUGUCGCGUCUCUGCCUAAUUGACACAAACAUUAUUGAAGGAAAAAAUGAAUUUUCAUUUGAGAAGGUACGGGCGUCGGUGACGUCUCGGGUAACGAGGUUUGUUUUUCUGUACAUUGGAUCAGAAUCCAGUUAAAGGGGAAGUCAUUACAGUAAUGCGGUUAGGACUUUUAGUGUAAGAGAUGAUUUUUGCAGGUAAAACUCUGUUAAAGAGGACUUUUUGACCUCGAUGAACUCGGGGCAAGUAAAAUUCGAUUUGUUACGAAAUUCCUAACGUCUUUGCGUAGACUGUAAUCGUAUAACGAUGUCGUAUUAACGGCGUGUGGAUUGCUCGGGCUCAGAGAAAAUAGAAGAAGAAAAAACAUACGUAAUCCGCAUUUAGCGAAGCAUCAGUUAAAAUAAUGUCUAAUAAAGUUAUUAAUAUAAACGUGAUUAUUUCUAUUUCUCUGCUUUUUAUAUAUUUGCUUUAUUUUUUAUUUUUUAUUUACAUUUUAUUCAUGCAGUACUGUAUCUGUGUUUCGAUGUUUAACAUAACAUUACGACUUUGCCAGUUUUCUGUCUCUUUGAUAAGAAGUUGAGCGGCGACACGACUUCCUCUCAGAACUCAAUAAUGUACGGACGUCUCCCGAAGAGCUCGGCCUCUCUGACGUCUCUCCUCCCAACACACUGUAGAUAUUUUCUGCUGAAACGGAUUUCACCUCCUCGUCCGCUCACUGAACUUUACUCAGACUAGGCAACACGUCCGAGUCAUAAAAACGCUUGUUUUCUUUUCUCUCAUGUUUUUUUUUUUUGUUAAAUCACAAAAAUGUUGUGUCUAAAUGAACUGUUCAUCUUCAAUAAAUGUUGUAUUAAUCAC